AGGAAACAAUACUGUUGACCAAUGGGAAAUGUGCCUGCUCUCUGGAGGACUGCAGCACACGGCUGGUGGUUGAAGUGUUGCUGAACAGGAAGUUGCUGAGUAGAAUUGAGAGAACUUCAACAGACAUGAGGGUCUCUUAUCAGACUCUAGUCUUGCUUUUCUUAGCAGGCUCAUGCUCGCUCGAGAAAGUUCCAGUUCACACAUUCGUCAGCAGACCGAUCCCAGGAACUCUACAGAACGUCAGCAAGAAUGACACUGGGGUGAAGGAGGCCGUCCUGACUGGAACCUACUCAUUUAAUAAUAAAUCCAACGAUGCUUUCCUGUUCAAAGCAUCAGCUGUUGAUGACGCAAAGAGACAGAUAGUCAAAGGCAUCCGCUAUAUUCUGGAAGUGGAGAUCUCACGGACCGUGUGCAGGAAGAGGGGCAACACUGACGACCUCAACAACUGUCCCUUCCAGACAGACAGUCUGUUACGACAGAAUCGACAGAAUUGCAUUUUUGGCUGA